AUGGUUCGCUGCCAGAACCUUGACGUUGCCUGCCCGCCUGCUGGUUUCCACACCCACAUCACACACCACCCGCCCAACUCUCUCCAUCUCUCGCGCCCGCCGCCCAGCCAUGCCCGCAUGCUGAUUAUCAAGGACCUCAAAAAGAUCAACACUCGCUGGUCGACCCCUCCCCCCGGCACCUUUCGCGCCCGACCCGGUGUCAUCGUCAUGAAGUUCGGCGAGCAGCUGCGGUCCAGCGUCAUCCGCGAGUACCAAUGGUACUACAUUGACUACAAUGGCCUCAAGUCGGAGCUCAAAACCGCCACGGGCCUUGCCCCGGCCGACGGCGUCGGCCCCAACGAGUGGUGCGAGGACGACGAGACGCGCUUCGUAGGCCGCCUCGAGACGGAGCUCGAAAAGGUCCACACCAAGCAGCAGGUCAAGGCCAUGGAGAUUUCCCGCCGCAUUGCCGUCUCGGAGCGCGAGGUCCGCGACGUCGUCAACCGCCUCCAGGAGCGCGGCCUCAACGAGGAAGGCCCCAGCGAGGAGGAGUUUAUCCUGCUCGAGGAGGACCUGUCCGACAUCAUUGCCGAUGUCCACGACCUCGCCAAGUUUGUGCAGCUCAACUACACUGGCUUCUACAAGAUUAUCAAGAAGCACGAUAAGCAAACCGGCUGGCACCUGCGCCCCGCCUUCGACACCCGACUCAAGGCCAAGCCCUUUUACAAGGAAAACUACGAUGCUUCCGUCAUCAAGCUGUCAAAGCUCUACGAUCUCGUCCGCACCCGAGGCAACCCCGUCAAGGGCGACUCCGCCGCCGGUGGCUCCCAAGCCAGCUUCGUCCGACAAACUACCAAAUACUGGGUGCACCCCGACAACGUCACCGAGCUCAAGCUCAUCAUCCUCAAGCACUUGCCCGUUCUCGUCUUCAACGCCGGCAAGGAGUUUGACCCUCAGGACUCGGCCAUCACCUCCAUCUACUACGACAAUCCCGAUACCUGGGAUCUCUACGAGGGUCGCCUGAAGAAAACAGAAGGCGCCGAGGCCAUCCGUCUCCGCUGGUAUGGCGGCAUGCAGAGCGAGACCAUUUUUGUCGAGCGCAAGACGCAUCGUGAGGAUUGGACCGGCGAAAAGUCGGUCAAGGCGCGCUUCGCCCUCAAGGAGAAGAACGUCAAUUCUUACCUGCGAGGCGAGCUUCUCCCUGGCGCCAUUUUUGAAAAGGCGCGCAAGGAGGGCAAAAAGUCGGAAAAAGCCAUUGCCGAGGACGAGCGUCUUGCGUCUGAGGUGCAGUACUCGGUCCUGAAAAAGGGCUACAAGCCCGUUUGCCGCUCCUUUUACAACCGCACCGCGUUUCAGCUUCCUGCCGAUGCCCGUGUCCGUAUCUCGCUGGAUACCGAGCUGACCAUGGUCCGCGAAGACAACCUGGACGGCCACGCCCGCUCCGGUGACAAUUGGCGGCGCAUGGACAUUGGCAUUGACUAUCCAUUCUCCCAACUGCCUCCCGAUGAUAUUGCCCGAUUCCCCUACGCCGUCCUUGAGGUCAAGUUGCAGACUCAAAUGGGACAGGAGCCGCCCGAGUGGGUUCGUCAGCUCAUCUCCUCGCACCUCGUCGAGGCCGUGCCCAAAUUCUCCAAGUUUAUCCACGGCUGCGCCUGCUUGUUCCCGGACCGCAUCAACCUGCUGCCCUUUUGGAUGCCCCAGAUGGACGUUGAUAUCCGCAAGCCGCAAACGCACGACUUUGGCAUCCACCGAGCCGGACUUUCUGGCACGACGACGACGUCGGAUGACGACGAAGAGGACUUCGACUCGGAUGAGGAUGUGGCCAGACCGUCGACCAGCGCGGGCCGGCCAUUCUCCUCACACCGAUCCAGACGAGGACUGCCCACCGACAUGGAGGAUCAGACGGUGGAUCUGCCCACGGUGAGCGAGGACUUUCCCAUCUACGACUCCGACGAAGAGUACGACGAAAACUACGAGCUAGAGGAGGCUCGAAGAAUCGGUGGAUGGCACUACUACUCUAAGCUGUUCGCCACCAAGGGCCACGCGUUCGGCCAGGCCGUGCUCAGCGGCCUCUGGGCCGUCGUUCCUCGGCCGCGGAGCACGCAAGUGUCGCGUAGCGCGCGCCAGGAGAUGCUUUUCGGCGAUCAGCAGAUUCAGUCCAAGAAGUUCCGAGCGCCCAAGGGCAAGAAGAUUUACGUGCCCGUGCGCGUCGAGCCCAAAGUCUUUUUCGCUGCCGAGCGCACGUUUCUCGGCUGGCUCGAGUAUUCUAUUUAUAUUGGCACCAUUGCCAUGACGCUCCUCAACCUGAAGAGCCACCCGACGCCCAUGUCCUUUUGGGUCUCGGCCGUCUUUACCUUUCUUGCCAUUCUCAGCCUGCUCUACUCGGUCGGCGUGUAUCUCUAUCGCAGCGACGCCAUUCGCAACCGCCGAGCCGCGCGCUACUUUGACAAGUGGGGGCCCAGCGUCCUCUGCGUGGCCCUGAUUUUGGCCGUGGCGCUCAACUUUGGCUUCGAGGGUCGGGAGCGUGCUGUUUGGUGA